AUGCACCCUCGGCAGAGGUCUCUGCACAGGCGGACGCAGUCGCAGCAUCGCCUAUCGUCUCCGAUUCUUCAGAUUCUUCAUCUUUUGGUGAACGCAGGAGAGGCUGCCGUGACUACGCGGUCGACUAUUUCACCGGUGGAGUCGGCUCCUGUCACCUUGUAUGUGAGGUCGCCCCUAGUCGUGACUGCUAUCCGUGCCGCUCCCGCUGAUGUUGACUCGCCCCCACCUAAGGACUUUGUCGAUAGCCGUCCUCCCAUGAACGCACCACCCGUUGAAGUAGUGGUGUUGUGUUGCCGUGUCGAGGCCUGUAAGGGUCGGUUGGCUCUGAUGUCUACGUUACCGCAGUACUGGUCGCUCCGAUGUGAGCACUUGGAAGGGAGGUCAGGUGACUCCAGCGCUCUCGUGUCGCUGCUUUCCAAGAAGCUGCAGUAUGAGAUGGCUCUGACCGACCACUGGCGAAAUCAAGUCGACCUUUCAAAUAGUCGGACGUCUCUCCUUUCGUGGCAGAGAUCAGACACUCUGAUUUUGCGGGUGAACCUCUAA